GCGCAACGGAGAACAGAGUGAUCGGAGAGAAGGAGCAUAUGAGGGAGGAAAUUGAAGCUUGUCAUUGCUGAAUUGUGACAAAUGCCGAUAGCCAGGUACCAGCUGAAGAGCGAGCUCAGUUUGGCGGAUCCUGAGCUGUACAGAGUUGCCGAUAAGGAUGAUCCUGAAACUGUCUUAGAAGCUGUCGCCUUGGCCGGACUCGUCGGCCUGUUGCGCCAGCUCGGCGACCUUUCUCAAUUUGCUGCUGAGAUCUUUCGUGACCUGCAUGAAGAAGUAAUGGUCACUGCUGCAAGAGGUCAAGGUCUUAUGGCUCGUGCCCAACAGCUUGAGGCUGAAGUUCCUUCACUUGAGAAGGCUUUCCUAUCCCAACCUCAUCACUUAUCAUUUUUCUCUAAGGGAGAAUUUUCACAAGUUGAAACACUUGCUAUUAUUGGCCCUUUGACAGAGUUAUAUGCAUUUGCUAACGGCAUUGCAGGGAUCGGUUGGCAUCCAAAUCUUCGGUCUGAGCAAAAUCUUAUUACUCGAGGAGACAUGCCUCGAUUUGUAAUGGAUUCAUAUGAAGAAUGUCGUGGCCCUCCCCAGUUGUUUCUCCUGGACAAGUUUGACGUUGCUGGGGCUGGGGCAUGUUUGAAGCGUUAUACUGAUCCGUCAUUCUUUAAAUCGGAGCCAGCUUCCUCUGGACUAGCAACAGUUGAAGUGUUCAGGGAAAAGAAAAAUCAUAGAAUCAAGAAGAAAGGCACACGAAUGAGGAAUGGUGAAACCCCUGAAGUUGCAUCAACACAUACUAAGCUGCAUCAGUUGCUUCUUGAGGAGCGCAUUGAGAGUGCUUGUGCUGAUCCUGGACGUCAAGUGAAAUUGAAGAAUAGACAAUUAAAUGGCUCUGCAACUGAAACAAAAACUGGGAAAAGCUACAUGGAAAAAUUUCUGGAAUCUCCGUUGCAAGAUGAAGUGGUUCGUGAAACCUCAUUCUCUCCACCUCAUGUGAGAUUGGUGUCGGAUGAUACUAGUGAAGAAGGGAUUAAAAUACUUGAAAUCAGUACUGUUGGACCUGUAAAAAUGUCCUUGGAAAAUGAAAGGACAUGUUCAUGGACUAAUGAAGAGGAAGCAGUACUAAAGCCAUCCUCAGAAAAGCGCAGGCAGACAGAUGGCAAUCUUGUGAAGAAGCAUGAACAAGGCUCGUCUCGUGUCUCAGAUGAAAGAUCUUACAACUAUAGUGAGGUACCUCAUGAAACGAAAUUGGAAAUUGAUGAUCAAAAGGAAGGAGAAAAUUUCUUAUAUGGUUACCAUUCUGACGGUGAUUUGAGUGGGGAGGUUGACCAUCACUUGAAUGCGUUAGCUACCGUGGAGUCAGAAUUGGAUACAGGUUAUAAGUACAGAGAUAAGAACAGGUUCCUGCGUAUUCAGAACCUAAAAGAUUCUGAUGAUAGAGAACGUCAGCAGCGGGAUCGGUUUUUGCAUUCUCAAUCAUUUUCAGACUCCCUAGUGUCUGAUGAAAUUAGUUCAUUCAACCGAGAUAUAAAUGAAGUACAUGCUGAGCGACAAGCUCAAUUGUCCGAUUCUCAAUCAGGAAUCUCCUUCACAUCAGAUGAUCAAAGUUCACUCAAAAGGGAUAGAAAUGAAGAAUAUAGCAAACGGCAAGCUCAGUUUUCAGAUUUUCAAUAUAUCGGAAAAUCUUCCGCAUCAGAUAUGAAUAGUUCUUUUGACAAAGACAUUCCUUGUUUCUCUUGCUCUGAUUCUUUAAGCACUGUGGGUGAAAAUAUAACAUCAGAACCAGUGUCACUUAAAUCUAACAAGUAUAAUAGGUCUGAGAUUGAAGAUACAUCAUCAAACCAGCUUACUCAAAUUUUUGAGGCACAAAAAACAGAUCGGGGUAAGUUUCUCUUGCAUGGUGGUACACGUGAUCAGGAAAAAGUGGUUUCUGGUACGGGAGAUGAGUCGUCUGGUUCAUAUCUGAUAAAUUCAGGACGUAAGUCGCUAUAUUCAGAUCUUGCAUCCGCUUCAAUGAUGAAAAUAUCUAACAGGGAUCAAUCGAAGGAAACACCGACUGGCCUCAUUGAGCAUCAGUUAAGAUUAGCAGAUGAGGGCACAAGGCACCACGCUGAAUCUAUAGAUGCCAUUCCUGACGCUACAGUAUCUUCUGAAAAAGGUCUUUUGAACGAGUCUGCUGAUGGUGACCGAACUGUCAAUGGUAAUGCUAUAUUAAAUAUUUCAAAUGAUUUAAAAUUAGUUUCUGACAAUGAGCGCAGUGGAUGUUCCAAGAUCAAAGGAUUGCAAGCAGAAUCUCCGAGCCAAAACUGUUCUGACAUUUUGGUUUGUCGGGAGAUUGGUACAGAUGAACAUUCAAUUUGCUCAUCCACGGAAUUAGACAUGCAUUCUUUAAGUACUACCCUCAUGCUGGAUGUCCAACCUUUAAAACCUGCAGACUGUACUGAGUCAACACAUCUCAACUCACAAGAUGAAUCAGACUCAGUGGGAGUUGAAGCUGAAUGUUAUGAUCAGCAAUCAUAUUUUGGGGAGCUACCAGAAAUGGAGCAUAGUGAUGAAUUGAGUGGAUCCACUUGUAGAGUGGAUGCAGAUGAAGAUGACAAUCUUCAUAAAGGUUCAUCUUCUGGGGUCCAUGGUGGGCAGGAUUAUCAUGUCACAGAUGAUGUGGCUUAUACAGAACUUCAGCCAGAAGAUCAAUCAGUAUCUGUUGAUGCUGCUGAAAAUGAUGCGAAUAUUGCUUCUUAUCCCGCUUCCAGUAUGAUCUCUUCUGCAUCAAGAAAUCUUUCAAAUUUACAAGAACCAAUACCUGGCACAUGUUCCCAUGAGACAAAAAUGGAAUCUAAUCAGGUAGAACAGAUCAAGAUUGCUGUUGACUCGAAUGCAGAAAAUAGGGAGAAUGAACAGGAACCAUCUUCAGAUUCGAAUAUGGUAUCUACGUCAAUGACGAGUUCUACAAGUUUUGAGGAAUCUCAUUUCUCUUUUGCUGACCCUCAAGAGAAACAGAGGGAAAUUAGCGAGGCAGUCGAUAGAGAAUCCUUGAGAAAACUGGAGAAACAGGGGGGUGUGCAUCAACUAAAUGCUGCUUGUGCCAACGUAGAACUGAGCCUAAACAGAUCGGUGCCCUGUGAUAAUUCAGAAAUAUGUGAAAGUAUUAAAGGUUCGCUUCCUAAGGAGCAAACUGAACACAGUUCCGUCAAGGAUAAGAUUCUCAAGUUUUCAAAGCUAGAUUCUCAGGAACCAAAAUCCAUACCCCUUUUGCGGAGUAAACGUUUACGGAAUGGCCAAGAUGGUUUGGCAUCUUCUUUUUUUAACCAGCUGGAGUCUGGAAAUCGUUUGAAGAAGUCUUCGCAAUUACAAGAUGGUCAAGGGGAUGCAGGAUUUCUACCUAGCUGUGCAGAAAUUUCUUCCUCAAACAAACAUCAACCUGAACAGGUGCAAAUAUCAGAACACUUGGAAAAGGAAAGAAACUCUAGUGCUUCCUCUACAUCUGUUUCUGAAAUCCAUCUAGGUCAAUCUUCGUCAUUUGAAUCAUUUUCAAUAUCAGUAAGCCAGAAGGUUAACUCCACAAAACAUGUCAUGAACGAGCCUCUUUCUCCUCUUCAGGCCUCCUUAUCCGAGGCACCUAAAAUCAAUUUUGGGGAGAUGCCACCCAUGCCCCCGCUCCCACCUAUGCAAUGGAGAACAGGUAAGGUUCAACCUUUUUCCCUCGCUUCAAAUAGAGAAGUCUCAUUCCAACCAAUACAGUCGAUUAAAAGUGGAGAGCAGGCUCAAUAUAGUUUACCAAUUUCCGAGAGAGAAGCUUUGCAGUUUCAGAAUCCUGUUAUAUCUGUCAUGGCUGUGGAAGGUGAAAAGCUCCAGAAUACCUCAGGAUUUUUGGUGGGUGGGCAUCCUGUUGCAAUUUCUAUGCAACUACCAAUCAUGCUUAAUGAAGUAAACGGCAAAUAUAAUUACCUGGUUUUGGAGAGAAGCCAGACCCACAACCCAUUCCUAACAUCAUCUGUGCCUGUGGUACCUGCCGGCAAGCCUGCCGAAGGUUACAUUGGUGCCUCAGAGGGAGAAAUGGUACAAAAUUCAAACACAAGCUCACCAAUUCCACCUGUUGAACGUGCCAUUUCUGAACAAGAUUCCAUCUCUCCAGAGGAACUGUCUCAACCACCAAGUCAACCUAGUUUAAAAGUUAAAACACUUCAGCGGUCUGCAGAUAAUCUGGAAGGGAAGCAAGGAGAUCCUUCUAAUUCACCAAUGUCACCACCAGGCAUGGAAAAUGUGCAGCCUAUUCACAACCUGCUGCCUUCGGAAGGGAAGCAAGGAGAUCCUUCUGAUUCACCAAUGUCACCCCCAGUCGCGGAAAAUGUGCUGCCUGAUCACAAUCUGCCGCCUUCGGAAGGGAAGCAAGGAGACGAUUCUAAUUCACCCAGGUCACCACCAGGCAUGGAGAAUAUGCACCCCGAUCACAACCUGCUGCGUUCAGGGAAUGAAAUGGCUUCGACAUUGGAUAAGUCCGCUCUAGCAUCAGAUUUUGAGAGGGAAAGACUAAAUGGGAAGCCAAACGACAAGCUUCCUCGUCCACGGAGUCCCGUGAUUGAUGCAGUUGCUGCUCUUGACAAAAGCAAGCUGAGGAAAGUUGCUGAACGUGGGCCUCCGAAAGUACCAAAGAUAGAAGAAAGAGAUUCAUUUCUAGAGCAGAUAAGAACAAAGUCUUUCAACUUGAGGCCCGCUGCAACAAGACGAAACCGCUAUCACUAUCAGGGGCCAAGAACAAACUUAAAGGUCGCCGCCAUCUUGGAAAAAGCAAAUGCAAUUCGCCAGGCUCUGGCCGGGAGUGAUGAAGAUGACGAAAAGGAUGGUUGGAGUGAUUCUUAAAUCUUCAAGGGGUGCUGAUUUAUAUCUUACUACCGUGGUUUCCACCUUGAGUCGGACGUGCACAAUUUCUCCCCUCUUGUGAAUGAGAAAUCUCUAUGAAGUAUAAGAUUACAAGUUCAUGUAUGAUACUGCGCACUCCAUAUGGCUCCCCUUUUAUCUGUUCACACCCAGAUGCUUGCAAGGCAUAGGCAUGCAGCUUAGCAAGCAUCCCUGAUUCUUUUCAGUGGUGAUGCCUUUCUGCCCCAGAAGAUUCAGGGUCCAGGCUCAGAGUGGAAGUGCUUUACCUUUAUUCCCGUUUUUUCUUUGAUAUAUAAAUAUUGUAUAUUUGUGGCAUGGGUGGCCUUUUUUAACCAUAUAGUUUUAUUUAUAGCGAACGAUGUGCAUGAAAUUUUGUAAUCCUGUGAUGCAUCCUUUUUUAAAUUAUUUGUACAAUUGCAG